UGGCUUUUAAUUAAACCCCAGAAAAACACAAGAGUUAAAGCAAGUGAUAUUGAUGACAUUUAAAAAGAAUGAGAGUGAACUCUUCUUGGUCUUCAUUUAUCUGCCAUUUCCCCUUUUUUGCUUUCAGCACAUAAAUCAAUUAACCAUGUCAGAGGACGGCAGCAGUGACCCGGAUGUGUUCCCGAUCCCAAGCGACUGUGAGCUGGUUGACUUUGUGUCAAGCGGGGACUAUGGGACGGUGGUGAAGUGCAGGAAGAGAGACACCGGAGAGACUGUGGCCAUAAAAGUCUCGAGAUUUGUCCAGAACGCCACGAAAGAGGCGUCCAUAUUAGAAGAGCUGAUGAGAUACAACCUGGACCAGUCCAACAUUGUGAAGCUCCAUGACUGGUACCACAUUAACAACUCCACUGGGCUAGUGUUGGAAAUGCUUGAUAUGAGUCUGUCGGACUACAUGCAGGAGGAGCGUCUGCCUUUAGAAGACAUCAGGCUCAUCAUCCAGCAGUUGGCCACAGCUUUUGAUGGAUUAAAGAGCGUUGGAGUGAUCCACGGAGACUUAAAACCCAACAACAUCAUGCUGGUGAAGGAUCAGCAGCAGCCGUUGACGUUGAAGCUUAUUGACUUCGGUUUGGCCUUUCACGCAUCUGAAGCCGUGGUGGGCUCUACUCACCAAUUACCUUAUUACAGAGCUCCAGAGAUCAUGUUGGGACUCCCCUUCGAUGAGGCCGUCGACAUGUGGUCUCUAGGCGCUCUGAUGGGGUUGAUGAUGUUUGGAAAUUUCAUCUUCCCGUGGUACUUUGAGUAUAAUCAGGUUAAGUAUGCCUCUUCCUCACAGACCUGGUAA